UCUCCUCUGCCAGCCCACCACUGAUAUUGAACUCAACCAUGUCUGACUCCGAGAGCGAACAAGAACAGCAACUGACCCUCGAGGACUUGGAAGGCUCCGAUGCUGAGAUGAUUUCGGAUGGCGAGGAUGGUUCGAUCGAUAUUCUGACUGAGCAGCGUGUCACCAUCAACAACGAGCCUGCGUUGAAACGUCUCCGUGAGCAGAUCGCACUUCCUACCAAUAUCCCCUGGUCUGAAACUCAGUCCGUCAUCUCAAGUCAACCCGUCAAUGUAGUAGAUCCGGACGACGAUCUGAACCGUGAGGUCGCAUUCUAUAAUCAGGCGUUGGAGGCAGCAGUGCUCGGGCGAGAGAGGACAAGGAAGGAGGGGGGCGUCUUUGAGCGCCCUGGUGACUAUUUUGCAGAGAUGAUCAAGUCGGAUGAACAUAUGGCCAAGAUCCGUCAGAGAUUGUUGGAUGAGAGUGCGUCGAUCCAGGCCAGUGAGCGGGCCAAGGCACAGAGGGAACUCAAGAAGUUUGGAAAGAAGGUUCAGACAGAGAAAAGACUUGAGAGAGAGAAAUCAAAAGCAGACGCACUGGAGAAGAUCAAUGUGCUCAAGAAGAAGCGUCAGGGUAACGAUAACUCUACGAACGCGGAUGAUGACUUUGAUGUGGCAUUGGCGAGCGACGACGAGGAGAUGAAGGCAUACAGGAACUCAGGAUCCAAUGGCCUCAACAAGGGCAAGAAACGCUCAGCAGCUUCAACACCAGAAUCGAGAGGCAAGCGACUUAAGAAGGAUCAAAAGUUUGGAUUCGGAGGUAAAAAGAGGCACGGAAAAAGCAACACUUCAGAGAGCUCAGCGGACGUCUCUGGAUUCAAUGUCAAGCGCAAUAAGUCGACAUCUUUCAAGGCAGGACACAAGGCGUCUAAGGAUAGCGGCGCUAAGAAGCGCCUAGGAAAGUCCCGUCGUCAGAAUGGAGGAGGCAGAAAGUAG